CCAAUGCCACCAGUGCCAAACUACAAGCUCUCCAUGUCGAUCCCAGAGUGGCUCCAGGCAAUACAGACCUACAUGAAGAUGCUGCAAUACAAUCACACAGGAACACAGUUCUUCGAGAUUAGAAAAAACAGACCUCUAAGUGGGUUAAUGGAGACAGCAAAAGAAAUGACCAGGGAGGCCUUGCCUAUCAAAUGCCUUGAAGCAGUUAUCCUGGGGAUAUACUUAACAAACGGGCAGCGCUCUGUGGAACGAUUCCCCAUCAGCUUUAAAACCCACUUCUCGGGGAACUAUUUUCAUCAUGUGGUGCUCGGGAUUUACUGCAACGGCCGGUAUGGCUCGCUGGGCAUGAGCAGACGAUCAGAUCUGAUGGACAAACCUCUAACUUACCGAACUCUGAGCGACCUCAUCUUUGAAUUUGAAGACUCCUAUAAAAAGUACUUGCAUUCAGUCAAAAAAGUAAAAAUCGGAUUAUACGUCCCACAUGAGCCGCACAGCUUUCAGCCCAUUGAGUGGAAACAUCUGGUCCUCAAUGUAUCCAAAAUGAUGCGUGCAGAAGUCAGGAAGGAGCUGGAGAAGUUUUCCAGGGAUAUGAGGAUGAAGAUUCUGAAACCCUCAAGUGCCCAUUUUCCAAUGAAGGAGAGAUCACGGGGUAAGUCGUUGUCCCCUCGCCGAAGGCAAGCCAGCCCUCAGAGACGUGCGUGCGGAAGAGAUCGCAGGCCUGCGGUGGUGGACAAGAAAGGAGACCUAGCUACGCUCAACGAGGUAGGCUACCAGCUCCGCAUCUGACAAAGCCAUACGCAGGACAGAGGGCUUCCCCGGUGCUUCCCGCUGCACUUUACCUGCACUCUGUUGGAAGGAAAAAGGAAUGGGACUCUUAUAAUAAAAGUUUUACCUAGAAAAUAGAAGGGGGAUUUUUUUUUUUUUGUGGCAGUAUUUAUUUUCUUUCAAUUCACAGAAAAGGCAUCAGAGAAGAGAACCUUAUGU